AUGGCCGAGGCCUCUCGUGCGGAUCCGAUUGAGCUGCUUCUCCCUCCAGGACGAAGGAAUCUCGCAAAUCUCACAAACCUCGCAAGGAAAUACACCCAUCCAGUGAAAACGAUUGGGAAGAUAUCCCACCGAGUUCUCAAGAAUACAGGCAAAUCAGGCCUCACGCCCAUCACUCCUAACCCGCGGUCUCACAACAGGAUUGCCACUCCAUUGCUGACCCCUAACUCUUUACCGUCCCGACUGGUAGAAAAGUAUCAAACCAGGAGAUUCUAUGGGUUCUCCGCCGAGGAGUUGCAGACCCUCAAUGCCAUCACUGGACUGGAUAACCAGGCUGGAGACUCGACGCUAGACGAAAUGAUACACCCACUUUUCGCGGAAGCGAAGUGGGAGAGGAGUGAUGGAAUGGGAUUGAAUGUUGGGCCCUUGCCUAUCAGAGGUGGGAUUGAUGGAUAUUGGGUUGCCGAUAACCCGAUUGUCUGGAACGCUCUCAAGCCGUCGAUCUACCUCGCCUCCUUGCUGAUCAACAACGCCGCUGUGUACCCCUGGUGGGAUGCUCUGUUCUUCGGUGACUACCACGACAUUCCCUCGCACCGAAAAGGACCGCAACACCAGUCCAAAAGGCUUAAGUCAUUCCAUACCCGCCCCCUUCACAUCCGGGAACAGCCCAUGGAAAGAGGGAGAGUGGAUGCACAAUUUCGUGUCGCAGCCCAGGCUAUCAGAUUUAGAAUAUGGAGCGGCUACACCAACUACGCUACAGGACUAGCCAUCAAGGAGCCUUGGGUAUGUGGCGCUACCUCAUGGGAGCUUUCGUCGAACAACAUCAGGAUCAAUAUCGCUUUAGAGCUGAUCCAGCCCCUGUUGAGCGCGCAGUUGAAUGCCGCUGAGAGGAUGGCAUGCCAGUUCAGAAUCGCUUCGACGCUUGUACACGAAACCGCUCACGCCAUGUGGGAAUAUAAACGGAAUACUGAUCCGGACCCAGAGUUUCACCGUCUCGAUGCAGAGCCAUACUUCGAGGGCGAGGUCCUUGCAGAGCUAGGCUGGUCGCUGGAGGACAAACUUUGGGGAGGAGAACCAAUGGAUAUCCUUGCCAAUUCUUACAGUCGUGGAGGCCCGGGCUUAGCAAGCGCCGGCUUCUUCAAGACAAAUUGGUUCGUCGACCGACAUAAAGAUUACAGUGCGGCUCCUCUCCUCGAACACGUUGUACACAUCCCGCCACAUGACGACCCGUACUACAGGCACGACUACUACCCUCUCUCGACCUCCUGGUUUAGGUCUCUCUUCGACCGCAACCUAUGGGACUCACAGGCUCGGCAGUUCCGCGCUUCCGCAACCAAGAUGCAACCAUGCUAUAUUGGAACCACGGCCAACUAUGUGAAUCGACAAACCGAACAUGAGCAAAUAGACUCUUUCACCCGCCAAUUCGACGGUACUGGCGUCCUGGCUGUCAGCCCUGGGGCUCCUGCCGUAGAGCAAGCAAGAAUUACAGCUGAAAUUUCUCGACGCAAUCAUGCCAAUGAUAUCUUUGGGAGAAUGCGAGUUUUCGUUCCGGUAGUACCUGUUACUGAAGAGCCGCCCGAUGAUCCAGAUCCGCCCGAACCUGUUUAUACGUGUGCAAGAUGGGAUGAGAUUGCACAGUAUCUGUUUGACCACCGAGACCCCGACGACUUGGCACUCGACACAUUGGACUUCCCGAUGCCGGAGCAGAAUCUGUACAAGAACGUUUACGACUACGGGAUGGGGAUGCCGGGCAUUACACCGGAGGAGCUCCGAGAUUUCCUACGGGUGUGUCAUCAGAGGAAGCUCUUGUUUGGCUACACGCCGUUCCCAGCCGGCGGCACCGUCCACCGCCUCCCUACGGGCUGGCCCGAACGAGAUGCCGAAUUCCAGUUCGUGCGCGAGGGACGCACCAACCCCAUGCACAUCGCCAACCUGGAUGCGCUGAUCCGGGACCCGGCCUUUCAGCACAGGCUGUACGCCGAGUACGGCGAUUACCGGGAUAUCUACUACGAACACCUCCGCCUCGCCAUGCAGAGGCUGGGGGCGAGGACGAAUACGGCGAACAGCAGCAUGCGCUUUGGGGAGAUGAGGUCGGUGGUGAACUCGCUGGCCACGGGUAAUUACAUCACAGCCUCCGCUAACCCAGCCUUCCGCAAAUUAAGAAUCGGCCCCCGAGGCUCCGCCCGGAUGAUCUGGCCCAUCGCCCAAGCGUGGCGCGACAAAUACCAGCGCGACGCCACGAUGAGGAUACUGGCGGAUGGCGACGCCAUGGUGCGGGCGGCUCGCGAUCAAGCGGCGCGACUGGAGCAGGCGGGGAGCGAAAGGGAGUUGGGGGUGGAGAAGGCAAUGGAGGGGGAAGCGGACGACGAGAAGGAGACGGAGACGGAUGAGCAGGAUAGUACUGGCGUUGGGUCAGACGAGGAGGGGAGUGGUGGUAGUAGUGGUAGUAGUAGUGGUAGGAGUGGGAUGUAG